AUGUCGUCGAACAGAGGUCGAGAUUAUCCUGACGAUGAUGAUCGAGAUCGUCGAUCUAAACGUCAUCGACCAAGUCGUAUAGAUGAGAGUUCAUCGUCACAACCUCAACGUCGAUCAUAUUCAUCAACUGGAGUAGAUGAAAAACCAUCAUCUUCUUCGACUUCUACUAUUCCAAAACCACCAUCAGAUAUCGAAAGUGAUCCUAAAAAACGUUCACGUUCAUUUGUUCGUGUACAAAUUCGCUCAGCUGUACCAGAUUCUCAUGUAUUAUCAAUGUCAAAACGACCAAUAAAAUCUGGAAAUCUUGGUCAACGAAUUGAACUUUAUACAAAUCAUUUUAAAAUUGAAUUUGAAAAAACAUCUGAACCAAUCAUACUUUAUCAAUUUGAUGUUGAUGUUGAAAUAUUAAUGCGUGAUGGUGCAUGGCGUUCAUGUAAGAAAGAUGAACGUUUUCAAGUACUUAAAACAAUAAUUGAACGUGAAAAGUUUCCACUUGUUUGGUAUGAUGAAGGAAAAAAUUUAUAUGCAAAAGAAAAUUUAACUUUAAAUUUUAAAAAUGAAUAUGAAUGUGAAAUAAUUCAUAAAAAAACAGGACGAACAAAUCGUUUUCGAUUUUUACUUAUUAAUCUUGUUAAAACUUAUGAUUUAAAAAUACUUUUCGAUUUUAUUCAACGAAAACUUCCUAUACGUCCACAUGAUCCUGUUAGAAUUUUAGAAACUUUAUUUAAACAAACACAAAAAAGUGAAAUGAUUACAAUUAAAAAUCAAUCAUAUCCGAAAAAUCAAAGAUUAGAUGAUCUUGGUGAUGGACGUGGUUUAGCAGCUGGAUUUUAUCAAGCUAUUGUACUUGGUGAACAUGGACCAACAUUAAAUAUUAAUAAUACAUUUUGUUGUUUUUAUCAAAAUUAUAAUUUAGUUGAAUUUAUUUCCUGUUAUUUAGGACAAGAUAUUAGAAGAUCUGGUAUUGCAUCAAAAGAUAAACCAUUAUUAAUACGAAAAGUUUUAAAAUCUCUUUGGUUUGCAACAACACAUACAAAUCAAGUUCGAAAAUAUCGUCUGAAAUCAUUUGGUGCUGCUGCAAAUGAACAUACAUUUGCUCAAGAUCAUGGAGAUAAUCAAGGUAAACAAGUAACUGUUGCUGAUUAUUUUGAUGAAAGAUGGAAAAUUCGUUUACGUAAUCCACAAUUACCAGUUGUGGAAUUAUUUAAUCCAUCAGAUAAAUAUCAAUCACAUUUUUUACCCAUGGAAUUAGUUACUGUUGAUGAAUGGCAACGAAGUUUAAAACCAUUGACAGUUGAUCAACGAGCUAAAGUAACAAAGAAAACUGUUGUUCGUCCUGGCGAACGUUAUGGAAUGAUUCGACGUGUUGUUGAUGAACGUCAAUUUGAUCAAGAUCCUUAUUUACAAAAAUUUGGUUUAAAAGUUCAAUCAAAUGAUAUGUUAUUAAUACCAGCAAGAAUGUUAACACCACCUGAAAUCAAAUAUAAAUCCGCCCAAGGUGAUGAACGUGAUAUUAUUGAAAAAGUACAAAUUGGUAAAUGGUAUUUAAAUAAUCGUUUUAAUCGAGCUCGUGAAAUACGUUCAUGGGCUCUUGUUCUUGUUAGUCAAAAAGAACCUGAUGCACGACAAGUUGGUGUUGCAAGAGAUUUUGCAAAUAAAAUUCCACAGGCAAUGUCAAGAUAUGGUAUUCGAUUUAUUUCAGCAGCAAUUGAAAAAUCUGAUGCUGCAGUACCAGAUAUAAUUUUAGCACGAAUGAAUGAACUUAAAAUGUUAGGUUGUGAAGUUAUUAUUUAUAUUCUUAAUCAAGUUGGCGAUGAUAUUUAUCAUGCUAUUAAAUAUUUUGGAAAUGUUAAACUUGGUAUGGUAACACAAUGUACACGUUUUGAUAAACUAUUUGCAAAUAGUGAAACACGUAAAAUGGAUAUGUAUAUUCAAAAUUUGGUACAAAAAUUCAAUGCAAAAUUAGGUGGAAUUAAUCAAUUAGUUUCAUUAAUGCGUGCAUUAACUUCUCCACCGAGUCGUACAGAUGUUUUUAUGUUUUUUGGUAUUGAUUGUACUCAUACAACAUGUUCACGUGAACGACCAUCGAUUGCUGCUGUUAUUGGUUCAAAAGAUUCUACAAGUACACAAUAUAUUGGUCGUGUUAUUCAACAAUAUUCUCCAAAAGGAAAAAUAGCUGUUGAAAUAAUAAAAGAUCUUCAUAUUUAUAUAAGAGAAUUAUUAACUGAAUUUUCUCAACAUAAUUCACAAUUACCAAAUAAACUUGUUUUUUAUCGAUCUGGUGUUGAUGAUGGAGCAUUUCAAAAAGUACUUGAUAAUGAAGUACAAGCUAUUCAACAAGCAUGUAAAGAAUUAUAUGGACAUAAUCAAUUACCUAAAAUUUGUUUUACUAUUGUUAAAAAACGUCAUAAUACACGUUUUUUUUGUUAUGAUAAACAAUCAAAUCAAACAACUAAUAUUCUACCAGGCACAGUUAUUGAUACAGAUAUUGUUUCACCAAAUGGAUUUGAUUUUUAUCUUAAUUCCCAUGCAGCUAUUCAAGGAACAUCAAGACCAACACUUUAUCAUGUAAUAUACGAUAAUAUUGGUUUUACACCUGAUGAAAUUCAACAAUUAACAUAUUAUCUUUGUCAUACAGAUGUUCGAUGUACAAAAUCUGUAUCUAUUCCAGCACCUGUUCAUUAUGCUACACUUUGUGUAUCUCGUGGACUUAAUCUUGAUUAUGAAGGACAAAUGUUAAAUGAACAACGAAGUAUUACGACUUCGGAAUUAGAAGAAGGUUUAAUAGAUGAAAAUGUUGUUGUAACAUUAGAUGAUGUUUUAACAAUAAAAGUAGAUUUUAAUCCAAUUAUUGAAAAUACAAUGUGGUUUGCAUAA